AUGAUGUAUGCUCAAUCUGCGUUUAGAUUUUGCGACUUCAUCGCCGUUUCUAUAUUAAUCGCAAACGUGGCGGUCUUCACGCUCCGUUUCUUCUUGAGAUUCGUCACUUUCCUCGUCACACGUCCCUGGCGUCGCCACCGCACAUUCACGGUGGUGAUCAGCGAUCAUUUGUCUCCGCUGUACUGCGCCGUGUGUCAACAAGAGGCAAAGGAAGGAGAGAAAAUGAGGCGACUGACGAUUUGCCGUCACUGUUUCCACGCGGACUGUAUCGAUCCGUGGCUUGGUGAAAUGUCGUCGACGUGUCCGUUGUGUAGAGCUGAGAUCCCGCCGUCACCGCCGGAGUAUCCUCUGCUAUCACUGUUUUUUUCGGCCGGUUUGAUCGAUUUAUUCAACAACAAAGAGUUGCGAUGA